CGGUUGUAUGUAUAUUGUAAUAUGUGAGCAAUGGUCGGCAUGCGUCACGGUAUGUGCGCUACUCCGAAUAUAAAGCAGGCUAGUGGUGUCGGGCGGCGGGCGGACACUGCACCGACUCAAGCGCCGGAGUGUAUCGGAGGUGUCGUUGUUGGAACGGCAGAUCAAGCGUGGCCUCCGACUGUUGUGGACCUGCUCGCAGUCGCUCCACAGAGAAAGGAACCGACCCGAGUGCUUCUUGCGACACCCUCGACCGACAAUACCAACAUGAGGAUACUACCCCUAAUCGUAUUAUUCGGCUUGGCAUGGCAAGCGACGGCGCGGCCACAGGAUGACGAGCCGCGCGCUGUCUCCAACAGAGGAGCAAUUCUCAAGCGGGGCUUGGCGGGAAAACAAAAGACCACCACAACUACGCCAGCACCGGAUGAGGCAGAAUACGAAGAUGAGGGCGAUUACCCCGCAGAAGAAGUGCAGGAGCCUUCCACUGAAGCGGCUCCAUCCUCUACAGAAGGCAAGAAGUUAGUAGGAGGACUUCCGAUACGACCUUUCAGAAGCAACACUGACUUGUUAGAAGCACUAAAAAGACGGCGAGCCCAAGCUGUCGGAGCUAAAUCGGGUGGCUCUUCAUCGGUGGCUCAACAACAGACCGAGACCCAAACAGAAGCUCCAGUCAAGGCAAAUUUCAGCAAAAAGCGUUUCAACACUGCGACGCGGGAGACUAAGGCUGAGGAAGCUCCAGCGCCAGCGCCGUCUAAGCCCAGCAGAGGACGCUUUGGAAGACCGGCGUCUCGGUCUGUCCAAGAAGCAGAACCCGAAGAACAGAAUGACACCACUCCUCCAGCGAGGACCGGGAGGACAUUCCGGCGGGGGGGCAACUGAGUCCAAACAUCCCCUCCAUAACCCAUAAUCCCCUCCCUACCACAAUCCGAAUCAGUCCAAACCCCUCCGUUUUAAAUAGAGAUAUUAAUUAUCGAGUUCCAUCAGAUAACUAGCUAGUUCCGAAACAAACUCAUUAUUUACGAAAGUAAACCCAUUAGUUCAGAACAAUUAGAAAUGAUUUUCUUUAUCUACUAUUUGUAAAUUAUGUAUAAGUAAUUUUAAUAAAUAAUUUUAAUUUUUA